GGUGAUUCCUCACUCCCUUUUUCCACGUGAUUGCCAACUUCACACCUAGAAAAACACCACCAUUUCUUCAUCUUAGUACACCACACGGUUUCUGAAGCUCGUUACCAAACUCCUUUCACCUUUUUCAUAGAAAACGAAACACGCUUUCAUUGUUUGUUUUUUGCGAGGCAUAUAGAAACCAUGUCAGGCAGCUAAAAUAUUAAUUUUCAUUCACGUGUUAUAAUUUUAAGCUCGUUAGUGUGUUAUUUUAGCUGUAUAUAGAUGAUACAAAGUGCGAAUUUCAUUAUCCCUUCAAUGCACUCACCAGCUAAACGGUAAAUUUUUAAAAAACACCGCUAUAAUAAAUUAGAGUGAUUACUUAGUACAAAUUAAAAGGCCACCGACAUUUCAUUGAAAACAAUGGGACAAACAAUAACAUAACGAUCUGAAGUUAUUAUAUCUAGCUUGGUCUAUUCGGAUUGCUUUUGAUUUCGAUGUGUAAUGUUCUCGCGGAAAUAGCAUCUAACGACGAGAGGCAUAAUUAGUUCUUCAGUUGAUUAUUUGAUCUUCUACCGUGAACACCUCAAUUCUUAUACGAGGUGAAGUGUUGCGUACAACUUCGGGUGCGAAGAGAAAGAACAAAAUUUUUUUGGAAACGAGUGCGAAUAGAAUCAUUAUCAUGAAGUCGGACUUCUCCAUGGCCGCCAUUCUAAGGGAAACUGAUAAAAGUGUUACAACAAGGAAGGAGAAAUUAACGAAAGAUCCUCAACUUUGCGUGGCUCUCGAAGAUGCAGACCUAUGGAGGAGCUUUCACCGUAUGACCAAUGAAAUGAUCGUCACAAAAAAUGGAAGACGGAUGUUUCCCGUUUUAAAAUCCGGUGUAAGUGGGCUGGAACCGCAAGCUAUGUAUUCGAUUAUGUUGGAUUUUACACCAGUGGACGAACAUCGCUGGAAAUAUGUGAACGGCGAAUGGUCUCAUGCUGGAAAACCAGAACCAACGCCCCCAAGUAAAGUGUACGUACACCCCGAUUCCCCGAAUUUUGGGACGCAUUGGAUGAAAAGCCCAAUAGUUUUCUCCAAAGUAAAACUAACCAAUAAAGAAACGACCAAUGGACAAGUGCUGAUGUUAAAUUCGCUACACAAAUACAAACCGCGGAUUCACAUUGUAAAAGUUGGCAGUGGUGAAAAGGUGGUUUCAACGCAUUCUUUCACAGAAACAGAAUUUAUCGCCGUAACUGCUUAUCAGAACGAAGAGAUAACUAAUUUGAAAAUUCGUUAUAAUCCUUUUGCGAAAGCAUUCCUUGACGCAAAAGAAAGAAAUGAUCACAGAGAGUUUAUCGAACGCCGAGGUUUGUGUAGUUGCUGUACGACAACAAGAUUACCGCUGACCUAUGGUUUCACAACGCAUGCGCAUCAUCCACUAUCACCUAUUGCGUCACCACAUUACCUCAGCGGAUGCGAUAAGAUUAUGAUGAGACAUCAUCCGUACGCACGAUCAAACAACCCUGCACAUAGACAAUCUCUCUCGAUAUGUCAUCCGUCAUAUGUACGUCAAACUUACGAAAUUCCGUCACCAACAAAAACGCCUUCAUCGGCAUGCUCAAGAUAUUCGCCCACACACUUCAAAUACGGGGACGACGAUUUACACCGACAUUCGAUAAGCCCACCUAUCACGCAUCGUCAUUCGCCGCCGACACUAGUUAGAAGUGACGUGUUGUCGUAUCAUGAACAACUAAGAAUAAAACUUGAAGCGUCUAAUGUUCAUCACCGGCACGGACAUAUUGAAUUACGUCAUUCCAGUAGGUGACGUGUCGAGUUUUGACAAAAACAUUGUAAAUAAUAAAAAAAAGAUGUUUUCAGAUUCUGUUGUAUAGAACACUUAUGUAAAUAUGAAGAUACACAUUCACAAAUUUAUAA